AUGGAUCAAAAGUCAUUCAAAGUCGUCAUUGUGGGUGGUAGCGUUGCUGGGCUUUCGCUAGCCUUGAUGCUGGAGAGGAAUGGAAUCGAUUUCGUCGUCCUCGAAGCGUACGGCAGCAUUGCACCCCAGGUCGGCGCUAGUUUUGGCGUUUUGCCCAACGGGUUGCGCAUUCUUGACCAGCUGGGUUGUUAUGAUUCAGUUCUAAAGAUGGCGGAAUACCCCGUUGACACACUUCACUUCCGUGAUUCGCAAGGACAACCAUUCCGGACAUUCGACAAGCUCGAAGACACGUCCAUCAGAAGUCAUGGUUAUCCUAUCAUCUUCCUCGAUCGACGAAUGUUGAUACAAGUCCUCUAUGACAAGAUCCAGGACAAGUCCAAAGUCCUUACUUCUCACCGGGUCCAGAGUAUUGAGACUGGUACUUCGAGUUCUACGGUUACCACAACCACUGGUCAAACAUACACCGGAAAUAUUGUGGUCGGAGCAGACGGAAUCCAUUCCAAAGUUCGUCAAGAGAUGUGGAAAGCGGCUGAAAAGAUAGAUCCCACAUGGAUAGAUCCUGCCGAGAAAUCUGCACUGCCUGCGACUUACGCAUGCAUCUUCGGCAUUUCUAAAGGCGUGGAGGGAAUCGAGAAAGGCACGCUGAACUCGGUGUUCAAUGAGCAUUUUUCGUAUCUUGUUCCCAGCGGACCGGGAGACCUCACCUACUGGUUUCUGGUGCGGAAUAUGGGAAAGACGUACUAUGGUGAAGAUAUCCCUCGUUUCACCAAGGAGGAGGAGGAGGCAUUUGCAACGGAACAUUUCGAAGACCAGAUCACUCCUACACUUCAAUUUUCCGCUCUGUACAAGAGCAAAGUUGCCUCAGCAUACUCUCCCCUGCAAGAAUACGUUUAUAAAAGAUGGCAUUUCCAGAGAAUUAUUACUAUUGGCGAUGCCAGUCACAAGUUUGAACCUUUGACAGGCCAGGGAGGCAAUAACGCAAUGGAAACCGCUGCAUCCCUGACGAAUCAUCUCGUUGCGGCUCUCAAAAACUGCCAGUCAGACACGCUAUCGUCGGCAGAUAUUUCCAAAGUCUUCGAGAGCGUUCAGCAGCAGCGUGAAGACCGCGCGUGGGGAUUGGUCAAAGCAGCCCAUGCCCGGCAACGCCUAGAGUGUCUGGAAACGCCGUUUUUGAAGUUCAUGGUAAAAUACGUGGUGCCACGAUUCCCGAAAUCCGUUAUCCUCGGCAAAUGGAUCAACACGUAUGCUCCCGCGGUGUCCUUGGACAUGCUUCCGCUGCCGCACAGGCCUCGAGAAAUUGCAUAUUUCGACGAGCGCUUCAGAACACCGUCACCUCGAGGUGUGGUGAGCAUCUUGUUGUACGCUGCGUACUUCCUCUUAACCUGGUUAGGGUAUCGCCAAUUGUCAGCAGCACUCAGAGCGAAUGGAACAAUGGCGUUAGUCCGUCAAGCAAUCCAGAGCCAGUCGGUUGUACUCCCAGGAGGAGUUGAAGCUCCCCUUCGCCAGGUGUACACAGGGCUCGGACCUGUUGACCUCAUUUUAAAAGUCGUCGUAACAAUAUUCAUGCCUGCGGUCUCCAACUUCUCUACACCAGAGCAGCCAUUGCAAGUUCUGUACUUCCUGACUUCGAUGAUGCCGAUUAUCUCUAUCUGGACGGUUGAAGGGUUCCGACCAAGGAACAAAUGGACCCUUCUUGCAACUCCGAGUCUAUGGGGGGUUCUGUAUCAGUUGCGCGGAAUUGGGCUAAUUGCACCGCUCUAUUUCAUAUCGAGCACAUUUGUUUCCUCUGGGAUAGCAUACUUCUCCCCAAAUACCCGCACACUUCCUGAGUCCACCGCUCGGGCGUUACUGCCUGCAUUGAUAUUGGGAUUCGUCGUGCCCACAAUCAUGCUAUUCUUCCCAUUGGCUGAUGCCCUGAACACGCGACAGGUCUUCAUUGCGCUGUGGCAGCCCGCUCCGGUAUAUGUGGUCAUCUUGACUCAAAUAUUCUCCCGUGUCAUCAAGUCGAUCAGUUCGAGCACAAUAACCAAUACCGAUAGCGCCACAGCGGAGAGCAAACCUAACCGUGAUAUCCCUUACUUGCAAACCCUCUACGCUGUGGUCGGUGGUAUAGCUGCUUGUUUCCAUAUGGCCUUGUUGUUGAGCUGGGCUGCCUUGGGAACAAAUUUUAUCACCAAGACCUUCAUACCAUCUGAGGCUUUCGCACAGGUGACGACAAUUGCGGAUGGAGUCUUCAUAUUUUUCCAGAACGACUUCCUGCUUAUUACAGCAGCAACUCUCCUAUGGUGUCUAGCGAGCGUGUGGGAUCUAUAUCGCAUUGGGGUUUCGAAUUUCUCCUGGCAGGUGGCACUGGUCGGUUUGAUCCUGGGUUCUCUGGCAAUUGGACCGGGUGCGACUGUAGCAGCUGUGUGGUAUUGGCGGGAGGAGGUUAUGAGUCGAACAUCUUUCCGCCGGCAUGGUCCGGGUCUUUAG